AUGGACGGUGUGGAAAUCACUGGCAAAGGAGCAGAGAUGCCCAGGAGGUCCGGAGCGACCUUGGCCUUGGUGCUGUGCGCGCUGGCGGCGGCGGCGGCGGCGGCGGGGCUGGCGGUGGAGCCUGGGCGCUGCGUCCUCUCCCAAUAUCGCUCGCUGGCGCCCAGGGCGCUGGCGGCCGUCAGGGCGCUGAGGGAUGGCUACGUGAGUGACACCGAACCUGAGCCCCGCGUGCCCUCCCCAGCUUUCCAUGUCUCCGCGUCCACACUCGUGUCCGGGACGUUCCCCGAGGGCCGCUUCCCGGCCUCUCGUCGGGGCGCCGGAACCUCUGGCCAAGAGGUAUGGGAGCGCCCGGAGGCCCUGCACACUGAGCUGGACCUGACGCUGAAGGUGCUGGGCUCCGUGGCUGACCCCGCCCUGGGGGACAUCCUGGACCAAUGGCUCAGCAUUCUGUACUACAUCCACUACCAGCUCCUGGCCUGUGUGAGUCCUGGGCCCAAGCUGUCCCAAAUAGAGAGGCCCAGGCUCAGCCCUCAGCUAGUCCCAGGCCCCACAGCCCGCCUGUCCCACUGGCUGCACAGGCUCCAGGCUGCCCUGAAGCAGGCCUCAGGGGGCCCCUAG